GGAUGAUAAGAGAGACUCUCUUUUUUCUGGAAAGUUGUUCAUUCAUUUGGCUACUUUAUUUGAUGUUAAUUGAAAGAUGAGCUGAGUUACACUUCUGAGAUGUUCAUUAUACUUAUUAAUCCGUUUAAUAGUAUUGCUUUUUUUGUAAAAUUAUUGUUACUUUUGUUAUUGUGUUUACCCUUCAACUCAAUUAAUUGUAUUAAAAUAGUGAAUCUUCAGGAAUCAAUUAGUGAACUCGAAGAUUAUGUUAAAAACUUGACUGCUCAACUACGAGAAACUGAAUUGCGUUUAUCUAAAGUCGAAGAUGAUUGUCAAUGUGGAUUGCAUUAUCAACAAUCAGAAUCCAAUAGAAAUAAUUUAAAUCAUAAAAUAUCUAUUGUCAAUUAUCAACUUGCUAAUCGUGUGAAUAAUAGUUCUGUUAAUUUAAAUUUAAAUUUAAACUGUUUAUCGUCAAAUGGCUCUGCAAUUGAAAAUGGAUCAAGUUGGACAUCAAAUUGUGAUACAUGCAAAUGUAUAAAUGGUUCAAUUGAUUGUAGGCGAGUCAAGUGUCCAUCACUCAAUUGUAAAUCAUCGUAUUAUUUAAAUGAUAAAGAUUGUUGUCCAGUUUGUCAUAAGAAGUGCUUAAAGGAUGGCAAAUACAUUGAACAUGGUGAUGUUUAUAUUAAAGAUUGUGUUAAAUGUGUUUGUGAAAGUGGAUCAUUAAGAUGCAAAAGGAUUAAUCCAUCGACUUAUUGUCCACCAUUGAAUUGUCCAGUUGAUAAACAAUUUAAAAAAGAUGGUGAAUGUUGUAAAUAUUGUUUAGAUUAUGAUUUUUGUGGCCAAGGACAUGAUUGUCAUCCAAAUGCAAGUUGUCACAAUUUAAAAACUGAAUAUACAUGUAAAUGUAAAUCAGGUUUUUGGGGAAAUGGUAAAGAUUGUCAUGAUGUUAAUGAAUGCCUUGAACUUGGUGGAAUCAAUGGUCAUUUAUGUCGAGAUAAUUCAAAGUGUGUUAAUACAAAUGGAUCUUAUUAUUGUCAAUGUUUACCUGGAUUUAAGAGAAGAGACUCACUCAAUUGCAUCGAUAUAAAUGAAUGUGAAUCUGGUGGGAAUCAUAAAUGCAAUGAAAAUGCAGCCUGUAUAAAUACUGAAGGAAGUUAUUAUUGCAAAUGUUUACCAGGAUAUACUGGAAAUGGAACUCAUUGUAAUCCAAUUUGCAAUAAAAAAUGUGCCAAUGGAGGUAAAUGUAUUGGACCAGAUAAAUGUUCAUGUAGACGAGGAUUUUAUGGAAAUUAUUGUGAAAAAGAUAUUGACGAAUGUUCAUUGAAUAUUCAUCAUUGUCCAGUAAACUCUGAAUGUAUUAACAAACCUGGUUGGUAUUACUGUCAAUGUUUGUCUGGUUAUACAAGUUUAAUUGAAAGAAACGAUUCCAAUUAUCAAUUGAAAUGUAUUGAUUCGGAUGAAUGCAAUGAAGGAAUAGAUACUUGUGAUGAAAACACAAUUUGUGUUAAUACCGAAGGAAGUUAUAGAUGUGAUUGUCCGUCAACUAUAUCAUCGUCAUCACAAUCACAAUUACAAUCGCUAUCACUGUCGUCUUCAUCAUCAUCCUCUGACUGUUCCAAAGACUGUGUCUAUCUUGGUCAAAGACGUUCACAUAAUGAAACAUGGGAAUCAGAAAUUGAUUCAUGUUCUCAAUGUUCCUGUUCUUCAGGCGUUACUAAUUGUUCAAAAUUAGAAUGCGAUUGUUCUAAUCCUAAUCAUGUUAAUAUUGAUUGUUGUCCUAAAUGUCAAACAACUGGAGACUGUGUUGAUCAAGAGAAUGAUAAAUUGAAAUAUAAAAAUGGUGAAAAUUGGUUAUAUAAAUGUAAAUCAUGUCAAUGCUCGUUUGGUGAAGUUGAUUGUUAUGACAUUGAUUGUCCACCAGUACAGUGUAAUAACCCAAUAAAAGGUGAAGAUGAUUGUUGUCCACGCUGUGAAGAUGAUCCAUGUGAAGACUUGUCGCCAAGUUCAUCAACAGCUUCAUUUGACAGAAAAAUAUUUACAUCAAAAUUAAAAUCUCAAUCUCAACGUAAAAAUGUGACUCAAUAUAAACCUUCUAGUUCAUCAUCACCAUCAUCAUCAAGACCAAUAAUAAUAAUUAAGCCCGGAAUCUCAAUAAACUCAACAAUCUCUCAUUACAAUAAACAUAAUCCUGGUUGUAUGUAUCUUGGCAAAUCUUAUGAAAAUGGACAAAAAAUUGCAAUUAAAAAAGAUCCUUGUGCUUCUUGUAAAUGCAAGAUAACCCAAAGUGAACGUUCAGCUCAAUCUAUAAGAUCUUCAUGUUUUAACAGUAACAAUCGAAUGGCCGAUUAUGUUGUAAAUAUUAUGCUAAUUGUAUCAAUGGCUCUUCAUCUGUAUUUAAUGAUCAUUUGAAUCAAUAUAAAGACAUGGAUUCUCAAAUCAUAAAUGGAAGUGAAAAUGAAAACGAUGAAUUGGUUGAAACACAAUCAAAUGGGUCCUGUUAAUCAAAUGAAUGAUCAACUGGAAUCAAAUCAUCAUCUCAAUCAAUUGAAAUAAUCAAAAAUAUUUGGUCAACUCUCAGUUUCAAAUA